AUGAAAAUUUUGAGAUUUUCUUUACUUGCUGCUUUAUCCCAAGCGCUUCCGAGCCAGAAAUCGAGCAAAAUCGAGACUCGAAAAUGUCACAUUCACGCUCCGACCAUCGAUGACUGUAUCGGACAGUGCGCCCUUCAGUCACAUUGCGACUGUGUCACUUACUAUCCAGAAAACAAGCAGUGCCAGCUCAAGGAGGAGGACGACGGCACUCACAUGAAAAUGGACGGAAAAGCGCAGACAGUGUGCAAACAUGGUGUCUACAUCGGGAUGAAAAUUGACGGUGGAGACAUUCAUUGCGAACACUGA